CUCGGGCCGGCACGCUGCAGGCGUCGGUGGAGUCCCUCCUGCAGUCCCUGCCCAUCUAUGUCGGCGACUGUCGAGGUCUCGACGCCCACGGACCUCAGCUUCCAGUUCCACCACAUCCACGUCUACGUCGAGCGCGACUCGCUCCGGCCGCUCGCCGAUUACAAGAAGCUCGAGAGCCAGCUCAACGCGCUGGCGUCGCGCGGCUCCUUCGAUCCCUUCUCGGGCGGCAUGCGCUUUCUUCCCGCGGGCGCGCUGCCCGCGCGCGUCGAGGAGGGCAGGCAGAUCUGGAACCAGCUGGUCGAUCCCGCUGACCGCCGCGACGAGGCCGAGUAUGCCUCGGCAGGUCAGGACUUUGUCGAGCAACUCCUGGUCGGACUGGGCUGGCGCGUGACGGCCGAGUACGUUGGUCCCACCACGCGCUCCGUGCUCGUCACCUCGGCCGACCCGUGCGGCGUCAAGUUCUGCGUCACGUGCGCACUGGUGGGCGGCGACGACGCGGACGAGCCGUACGACCACUUCCGUCGCUCUCACGUCGAGCGCUUCCUCACGGCGCACGGCGGCCGGCCCGGCAUCGCCGCGCUCGGCUUCGAGGUGGCCGAGGAAGGCGGCGUCGAGGCGAUCCUGGCGCAGUACCGAAAGAGGCAUCCGGCGCUGCUCGUGUGGCACGCCGGCGCGCACGCCGGCGCGCCGAGCAGCGACGUGACGACCGGCAAGCGGGCUCGUGUCGACUGGACCCUCACCUACACCGACGUGCGCAAGGUGCAGGCGCCCGCAGCCUCGUCCGCCGCCGCCGCCAAGCCCGCGGCGGAGCUCGAGCUCGGUCGCAUGCGGAUCGGCGAGGUUUUCGCCUUCUACACGGCGGAUGGUGCGGCCGCCGACGACGGGACGGUCCUCCGCUUCGUGGAGCGCGCAGGCACGUUCGCCUCGAGCCCCGGCUUUGCGAACCCGGAGGGGGUGCUUCCCGGCCUCGCCGACGCGGCGCCGGUGAGCAACGUGCUCGACCGUGAGGGCUUCCUGCGCACGCUCGAGGAGGCACUCGGCUUCACGCCGAAGGUCGACUUCAACGCGGGCGUCGUCGCGGCAGGCGAGGCGCGCAUCGAGAGCACGGUGACGGGCAACACGUCGCGACGCCUCGCCGUCUCGGGCGCCGACGCGCUCGUCAACCAGAGCCAGGUGUACCUGCCGAUCAACAACGCGCUCUCGCCGGUCGGCCACGUGCACGGCUUCCUGCAGGAGAUCGGGCAGGGCAUCCAGCACGUCGCCUCGCGCGUUGACGACCUCAAGGCGUUCAUCGAGCGCGUCAACAACUACCGGCUCAUCACCGGCCGAGGCUUCACCUUCCUGAACAUCCCACGCUCCUACUACGGCCGCCUCGACGCGCCGCUCCUCGCAAAGCACACGACGUGCUCCGCCGUGCUGCGCGAGGCUGUCUGCGCCGCGCUGGUCACGGCGGGGCUCCUCUCGACGACUGGAAUCCUCGACCUCGAGGCGGCGACGGAGCGGCUCCGCGCGGCGCUCGCCGGCGCCGCCCUGCCCGUGGGCCUGGCCGAGGAGCGCGACGCGAAGCUGGAGGAGAUCGUGGCGACGGUGCGGCUCUCGCGCUACUCCAACCUGCACUCGCUCCUUCGCGACCACCUGCAGGAGGAGGAGUACCUGCAGAUCGUGCGAAACAAGAUCCUCGUCGACAUCCAGGGCAGCGACAUCCUCUACCAAAUCUUCACCGCGAACAUCCUGCAGCGCCGGCCCGGCGACGAGGCGCCCUUCCUCGAGUUUAUCCAGCGCGUCUGCGCAGACACGCGCUGCAAGGCACCGCACGAGGCGUGCAGCAAGCCGAUCCGUCCCGGAUGCGGCGGCUUCGGGAUCCGGAACUUUUUGACCCUCUUCCUCUCGAUCGAGGUGAGCAAGGCGAUGCGCGAGCUCGCCGACGCCGAGGAGGCGGCCGACGCGGCGGGCUGCGAGCUCGCCCGCCGGAAGAUUGAGCUGUUCACGGAGCAGCUGGACGCGAGCAACCCGAUCCUCACCGACAUCUCCGACGCGAUGACCAGCGAGGGGGAGUGCCUCGACCAGCUUGCCAUAAGCACAGGGUCUGCGUCAGACAAGGCGCUUCUGCGCGCCAGGGCCGACGAGAUGCGCGCAAAGAAGGAGGCGGGCAACGCCAGGCUGCAAGAGGUGUCGACACAGUACGCCACGCUGAUGAAGUCUCUUCGCGCGUGAAGGCCUCUCGUCUCGCCCUGCGCGUCUGCUCCGCCUCCCUCCCCGUCGUCUGCCCUGCGUCGUCUGGCGACUGGUCCUCCAUAGUCGGUUGAGGUCGCCGCCCUCCUCGUGCCUCUUGUCUUCCCAACGUUCCCUCAGCGGCCGAUGCCGUCUGCUCCGACUCCCCCCCGUCCAGUAUCCAUGUUAAAUAAAUAAAUAAAAACGGACA